ACAGAGAACCGAGUAGUGUUGGCGUGGCGCAGCAUUUAACCAAUACUGUAUUUAUUGACAGAGCUCUAAUUGUUGUGCCAUGUGCAGAAGAUGACUAGAGUGGUCCAGGUGUUACGGUACUACAAUAGCCUGACUCAAGGCUUUGUUUUCCAAGCCACUAAAUCCGCUGGGGCCAACGCUGCCUUCAAGGGGGGAUUGUGACCAGGAGCAUAGCCGCUGAACCUACCAAGAUGGACACCUUGUCUCUUGUUUUAUUUAUUUAUUUAUUUUAAUUUUGUCUCUUUCAUUUUUUUUCAUUUUUUUGCUCUGACAUUGUCUCCUGUUAGCGUCCUAGAAAAGGCUGUUGCAUAUUUAUUGUGUUUGUUUUUUCUGUCCCCAAGACCCCCCAUUCCUCCUCUUCCCUAUGCAGUUGCCCACUUUUGUGUGUCUCUCAGUGCUGUCCAGGUUGGCAUCCAGUAACAGAAAGGGAAUUUAAACGUGAUGCAGUCAACAUGAACGGUUGUCUUGUGUUGCUCACCCUUUCCGACACUCCAACAUGAUUGCCCCAGGGAGAAAAUCGUCCAUGCUUGAUAUCGUAUGGUUCAUGACCAUUAUGUUUCAAGUACAGGAAAAAUCCCAGAAGAGGCGAAGGCUUUGUCACUUCUGGCACCUGCCACUCCAGUGCCUAGCUUGAUGCCCGGUGGUGGACUGUUGCCUAUUCCAAGCCAUGCGCCUCUGCAAAAUCUGGGUCUCCCACUGGCUGCUCGGCUGGGGCUGGACUCCUCAGUGGCAGCGCUGAGCGCAAUUUCAUCUCAGACCCCCAUCAUAGGCAACGUGGACCCUUCCAAAAUUGACGAGAUCCGCAGGACCGUGUAUGUCGGCAACCUUAACUCUCAGACCACCGCUGCCGAACAGCUAAUGGAGUUCUUUAAGCAGGUUGGCGAGGUGAAGUUUGUGCGGAUGGCAGGGGAUGAGACUCAGCCGACUCGCUUUGCCUUUGUGGAGUUUUCUAACCAGGAGUGUGUGUCCAGAGCUCUCGCCUUCAAUGGUGUCAUGUUUGGAGACAGACCCUUAAAGAUAAACCAUUCCAACAAUGCCAUCGUAAAGCCUCCAGAGCUGACUCCUCAGGCUGCAGCUAAAGAACUAGAGGAUGUAAUGAAACGAGUGAGAGAGGCUCAAUCCACCAUUGCAGCUGCCAUUGAGCCAGAGAACAAGAAACGCUCAUCCAGCAGAUCCAGAAGACGCAGAAGGUCUCAUUCCAGAUCUCGCUCACGUUCCCACUCACAACAUAGAUGCUCCCGAUCCAGGCAGAAGAACCGGGCAUCGCAGAGGUCCUGGAGGACAAGUGACUCACGCAACUCACACAAGAGACAUUCCCGAGACAAGAGACAUAGCCGUUCACGUUCCAGGGACAGGAGGAAAGACAGUGAUGGAAAAACAAGGAGGUCAAAUGAUGGCAGCAGCAGAGGGCGAGACAAGGGGAAAACGCCAGUGAAAGGGCACAGACGAUCACGCAGCAAUAGCAGGGGACACAAAAAGAUAAGUAAAUCUAGCUCCAGAUCCCAACGGAAGAAAUCAAAGUCUCCCUCACCUAGGAGAGAAAAGAAAGAGAAGAGGAAGCAGCAUGUUAGGGACAGCAGUGUAGAGAGGAGCUGGGAGUCAACCUCCAGAAGAAGGAGGAGCAGAGACAGGCAGCAGAGUAAAUCCUAUCCCAAACAGAGAGAGAUUGAGUACAAGCAGAAGGUCUUGGACUAUGAGAGCUACGGUGAGGAUGUGGGAUCAGGUGGCAGUGAAGACCUCUCUCCACAAGCUGAACACAAUGGAAAAUACAACAGCUUGUAUCCAGAGGAUGAGGAGGAUCUCGUUACAACCAACUGAACCAUCUCAAAGGUUCAACUCAACCAGCCAGUCAGUGGUUUGGAAUCUGGGAACCGACAGCAGAUGUAACAAAUCUGAACUGUAAUUGUUUGUAAUGGCUGGAAAACAACUUUUGGACUUGGGAAAGCUAUUUUUAAAUUGUGAUUGUAUAUAAAACAAGGCGUAUAUAUAUAUAUAUAUAUAUAUACACAUGAUAGGUGAAUGUAGAAGUGCUAUUUUUGUUACAUUUUAGUCCAUUCUGAGCAGUGUACUAAAAAUACUGUAUUAAAUGCAUGUUAUUUUAUUUGUAAAGCUAUUAAUUAAUAUGCUUAUAAAAGUAAAUGUCCUUAAGAGA